UAGAAAUGUUCAUGGAAUGCGGUCCUUUGUUGAACCCAAAGGGUACAUCGGGGUGUGAAAAGACUCCUCCUGAGCUGGUCUUAUUGGUUCACGCCCGAACAUUUUGAACAUUGAUAUUUAUAUCCAAACGCCUGUGGUUAGGAACAAUCGCACGAUUUUUAAAAAAUAGGAAACACUACCGUUGAACGACUCGCAGGGAGUCCUUCGUGCAACUAGCCCAUGAGCAUGUUGUUGUUAUAUGUGCCCCCUGGACAGCACGUAUACUUUAAAACUAACUUCGUUCAGAUACAUGCACAGACCCCUAGUCCUCGAAUGAUCUGAACAGCAAAUUAAAUUACAGGUCCUUAUCCUCAAAGAAGCCGAAGUCAACUUAAAUCAAAUAUUAAUACAAGAUAUAUAGUUAUUAAUCUCCCUUUGCUUAUACAACAAGGCUCAUGUCAGUAAGGAUUAAGCGGUGGAAACAAUAUUCGAAUACGAAGCGAAUCAAGAGGAAUACUAUUAAGGAGAAGAAGUACAAGAAGGAGUCCAUGCGCUGAAAACACGAACAAUUACUCUUUUUUCCAAAAGCAUUCAAUAACGAGUCUUUUCUACAAUACGGGAUUUCCUCGUCUUGUUCAUGAAGCUUCAAAUCGAAUUGAAAUGAGCGAUAUCAUGCAGCAUUUUGAAAAACCAAGUUACCGAAAUGUCGACUCCAACACAGCUAUCGUUUUGUCUCAGGAAAAUCGAGACACGAAUAGCUGUAGCAUCUUGGAGAACAAGGAAGCGCAGUCCAACUCCGUGGAAGAUCACAGAACCGAAAAAUCGAGUUUUCAGUCGGCUUGGUCAAGGAAUAUGCUCAACAUCUUACGCGCAAAACUUAACAACUUCCGUGGCUUCCAAGGUUCGUCAGAGUACGAUUGCAAACCAUUCAUCGUUGACGGUUGCCGUGUGGGCACGAUCCCACCAUUUGUCCUACCCCACCUGGAGAACUACCCAGCUGUAUUCAAACUCGUAAAGUCAGAAGACAACUGCAUUGAGCACGUCACAUUUGCCCCAAAGCUCAAGACGUUUGAUGAACGGUCCAAGAAGAUUGAAGAAGUGCUGCAGGAGUUUCGACAAAAGGACUUGUUUGUAACCCUUAAAGGGUGGAGAAAUGAGAGUUUCGCUGUUUCAUCAGCAUUUAAUCAGAAGAGGUUAUUCAAAAUCGAAAGAUCAGCUGCAUGUUUGUUUGGAACCACACAAUAUGGUGUACAUGUCAACGGAUAUUUCAAAGCCAAGAGUAAUGGCAUGUUAUACAUGUGGAUAGCCAGACGAAGUCCAAUGAAACCAACUGGACCAGGAAAACUCGACCAGAUAGCAGCUGGUGGGAUCACCUGGCGAUCGAGUAUUACCGAAACACUAUUCAAGGAAUGUAAAGAAGAGGCAUCAAUCCCAGAGUACCUUGUGCAGAGAGCGGUUCCCGCUGGCGCGCUCAGUUUCAUAUUUGAAGACAACAGAGGGAUAUUCCCUGGAGUGCAGUUUGUCUACGAUAUUUGCCUACCUGAAGAUUUUAAACCCAAAGUUAAUGAUGGCGAAGUCAGUGAAUUCUACUGCUGGCCGAUUGAAAAGGUUAAAGAGAAAAUUGCCACUAAGGAAUUUAAACCCAACUGCGCACUAGUGGUUCUUGACUUCUUGAUUCGUCAUGGAGAAAUAAACCCACAAACAGAGCCCAACUUCCUGGACUUCAUACUCUGGUCGCACAAGCCGCCUCACUAACCAUUAACACUGGAUGGAGAAACAUUUAUCUCUGCAUUCGCCCAUGCAGACAAUACUGAUUUUGUUAUCAGUCGUGUAAAUAUUGUACACAAAAUGAACAACGAAGAGCGCAAAACAUACAAAAUUACUUGCAAGGAAAGAAAUCUCAUAGUAAUGUGACGCCACGCGUGUUAGUUCGGCAAGCUGAUGUACAUAUAAAUUUUAAUCAUAACGAGUAUUUACCUAUUUAUACACAAAAAUUGGUAUAUCGAAAUGUUAUGUAUUGGCAAUUUUCUA